AUGUCAAUCAAACAUUAAUAAAUUGAUGAACCUCUUUACAUAUUAAAGGGAUUUAAAAUACCAUUACUUAAUACGUAUUUUCAAGAACCUUAUCUAUCUCCUAUAAAUGUGAAGUAAUAACUGAGUUCCAGAUGUAAUAAUUAACCAUUUUUUGAAUCUUCAAGCACUAAAGCUAAUGCAACAAGUAGAGAAUUUUUUCGUUUCGAAUCUUAGAAAGUAGAUAAAACACAAUAGAACAAGUAACUAUAUGAAAAAUCACUUUCUCCAAAUAAACCUAAAUUUCUUGAGGAUAAUAAAUUAAAAGGAUUAUUAAAUAUAGUUUCAGAUAGAAAUAAACAAAUUCAUCUAAAAAAAUAUGAUUUUCCCAUAGGAGGUUCAACUACUAAUACAAAAAAAAUAAAGUUUAACUUUAAGAAAAUAAAUAUAAAAAUACCAUAAAAAAUACAAUUUUCAAAGGAAGAUUUAGAAAAUAACAAGAAAUUUUUAAUAAAUACACUUCGAAAAAAUUCAGUUAUUCAAAAUUAAGUAGAUAUUGAAAGACCUGUCAGAUCUAAAUCAGAUUUUGAAAAAGCAAGAUCUAAAUCAAAUUUAAAGUAAGUUAGUCCCUUCAAAGAUUUAUUUAUUGAAGAAUAAUAAAAGAAGAAAACUGUCAGAUUCAAUGAGUUAGUAGAAAUAAAAAUGUUUGAUCGAAUAAAAUCUCAUUUAAUGAAAUAGUUAAUAUGA